UUGGAUGUUACCCGGCAACCAACACCGGCAGGUGGGAAGUAUGCGUGUUAGUGUUUGAACGCGCACAGCUAAGUCUGUUGAAACGUCAAAUCAUCUACCGGCUGACGGUCUAUCAAUAACGACAAAAUAUAACAGUAACAUAAUAUACUAUGACACCUUUUUUUCUCUUAUUACGACUUAUUUGUAUUGUAUAUAUUUAAGUAAUACUUCUAAUAAUAAUAAUAAUAAUAAUACGUUAAAUACGUUAAAUACGUUAAACGCGGUACGGGUAGAGUGAAUACUGCGAGCAUGUCUUGGUCGGACGACCGUGCCAUGGACACAGUCCAUUGGCAAAUCCUUAAAAACCAUCUGAAACCUAAUGUAUGGCCUACAUCUCGGGAAUUGUUAAAAUACAAGCAAGAACUCGACACUUCCAGACACGCUGAUCUAAAUCAAUUUGCUAGUUCAAUACAAGAAAUGAAAAAAAAACUGUCCUAUUUGAAAAAGACUGCGUUAGACGUAAAUAAAAUCAAAAUAGUAGGGUUUGAACAUUUUCGAAAUGAUAUAAAGACAUUUGAGUCGAAGCUGUCAAAAUUAAAAGAAGGAUGCUCAAAAAAAUUACGAGAGGAAAACCUUAAGCAAUUGGCGCUGUUUGAAGAAAUUGAACGGGUGAAGCAACUAGCGCUACAGGACGUAGUUUCAAAGCCACAUGUCGAUACUAUUAGUAAAAAAAAGAAAGAAACAAAAGCCAUCUGCAAAAGAGUUCCAAUUUCAAAAAAUACAUACUCUUCAAAAGAAAUAGCGGAUUUCUAUGAUUUCUGUGAACGUAAUUACGGUCUUACGGGAGGUUGGUCUAGCAAAGAUCAUGAAACAUUUUUAAAGAUUCGUUCUAAACAUGCCGACGCAGUGGAUUUCAUAGAUCAUGUUGUACAAUCAAUGCCACAUAUAACCGAAUAUGCUGCACGUGAACAUGAAAACUGGUUCGUAAAAUUCGAAGAACUUAAAGCUAAACAAAAAGAAGCAAUAACGAAGUGGAAAAAGGAAAAGAAAAAUGUUUUUGUGCCUGACUGCAAUACAAAUAAUUGUGACAUAUUGAGAAAAUGUACAGAUAAUGAUCCAGAAAUCACUCAGAAAUUUUCCAGUGAUAAUUUGGAAAAACAAAAAAAUGUAAAUCACAAUAUUAAUAAAUCUCAAAUCGAAGUAAUUGAAUCGAAAACACUCGAUAACUGUGGAAAAACUUUGCUACAGCGUUUUAGGGAAAAAGAUAAAAGAUAUAUAGAGUCUAAAAAAACAAAUAAAGAACGACUGGAGUGUCAGCGUAAAUCGGACCAAUUUACAAUAGUUACUAUGCAUGGAAAUUCAGAAAAAUAUGCUGAAAUUGAAUCACUAGAAAAACUUCCAAAUGUACACUUAAGCAUUUAUGGUGCACAUAAUCAAGACGUGAAAGUGGUGUUAAAAUAUCAAUAAACUAAAGAAAAAAAAGAAAUUGUUUAUUAUUUUUUUUUUUAUUCAAUGUCAUGUUAUUAUUAUAAAAUAUACAUUUUCAUAAUCGGAAACAAAAAUAAUUCAUCAAAUACAAAUCAUUAAUUCUUAUUAUAAUAUAUUGUGUACAAAUAAUGAUCAAUAGUUUGCAAAUCAGUUAUAACCACUUGAAACUCUGUGGUUACCUAAUAGGAAACAAAAAGCCUACAACCUUCACUUCAAUUACACUUAAACAUAUCUUCAAAGAUUGUUUAUCAUACGAAGAAGCAAAACUAAAGUCUUAAAGAUAUCUCGAGCGAUUUCUUUACAUUGCUUAUAAAGAUACCGCAUCGGACAAAUAAAAUUGAAUAAUUACAAUUAAUAAAAUUAUUUAUACAUUACUAUUUACUUCUCGAUUAUAUAAAAAAAAUAUUGUAUAUUACGUAUAUUUUUCAUGAAUUUUAUAUUUAAAUAUUUUAAAUGAUAGUUAUUAAAUGUUGUGAUGGGAAGGGUGAUUAUCCUUGGGUUAUGAGGGUGAAGCCCGCGGGUGGAUUUAGGAGGACCGAUGGAAGGUUGGUGAGCAAGGAGAGCCGAGGAUAUAAAGUAUAUAUCCAUAUAUCCAUAGCAUAUUUAUAAAAAUGUAACUGAAUGUAUUUAGACGUUUUAUGAAAAUUUUCUAAAAUAUAUAAAUUGUAUAGGUAUAUUAUUAUUGUUAUUAUUAUUACAGUUUUUCGAUACCUACCAGAUAUAAUAUUAUGAUUAUGAUUAUAAAUUGUAUUAGUUUUAUUUAUUUAAUCACUAUAUACCUAGGU